UGCAAGGAACGACUACUGGGAUAAUAUGUAUGAGUGAUUUGUCUACGUGGAACUGAAAAACCGGAACUACGGUUACAUCGGUCAAAUCCUUUUCUUUCAGCGUAAUGACCACGAUGAGGGAUUUCUCCGAAUCAGCUACCGAUAUUAAGCGGCCCCAGUUUGGUGGACGCCAUUUGUCAGAUGAAACAUGCGUCUUCAAUCACAAUGCGUGGGAUGAUGUCCAUUGGACAGAAGAAGUGAAAGAAAGAGCUGUUGAACUGGUAUCCACGAACACAAACGAAAAACUGCCACCAGAAGUUCGAGAAAUUUACGAAAAAAAUUCAAGCAAAUAUUGGGACCAAUUUUAUAGACUGCACGAAAACCGUUUUUUCAAAAGCCGUUCUUGGUUGCCCACAGAAUUUCCCGAAUUAUUCAACACCGUUUGUGAGUCAGCGGAUCGAAGUGUGAUUUUCGAAGUUGGAUGCGGCACAGGGAGCACCACGCUGCCUAUUAUUCGUGAUACAAAAAACACAUUUGUUUACGCAUCAGAUUUCUCGCCAGAGGCUGUGGAUUGUCUACGACAAUCACCUGAAUUCGACCCCUCCCGUUGUCACGCUUUCGUCUUCGAUGUCACGAGUGAGGAAUACGAACUUCCAUUUCCACUAGCUAGUUUAGACUUCGUCCUGAUUGUGUUCGUUCUUUCGGCUAUCGAUCCGCAAUUUUUCCACAAGAUAUUGGCCAAUCUUACGAAUUAUCUGAAGCCAGGCGGUAUGAUACUUUUCCGUGAUUAUGGGCGGCUUGAUAUGGCUCAGCUGAGAUUUAAGAAAGGUAAAUGCUUAGCGGACAACUUCUACCUUCGUUCUGAUGGGACCAGAGUGUAUUUCUUUGAACAAGAAGAACUUCGAAGACUAUUUGAAGGUUGUGGAUUGGAAGAAGUGCAAAACAGAACUGAUCGGCGAUUAUUGGUCAAUCGUAAGCAGAAGCUGCAAAUGUACCGCGUGUGGAUCCAAUGUAAAUACAGAAAGAACUGAUGUCAGCCUCCUUGAUUUUCUCCCCUCAUCAUUAUUAAUUAAGUGCUGGACCCAACAUUACAG